AUGUGUUCCUUGGAGGAAGUGCUUGAUUUCGACGCGCAAGGAGAUUAUCUCGAUUUAGACGAUAUUAUCGUCAGCAACGCGGUUAUACCGUGUAUCACGGAGGUGCGAUUGGAAAAGGUUAACUUUUUGGACAAGUCGGGUGUGGCGGAUUUUAUUGAGCCGAAAACUAAGCUCGACCUGCCGUGUUGGAUGGUUGAGAAUUUUGCCAUCAAGAAAAAGUUCGUGUGCACUGCGCUUGUGCCGAAAGGUUACCAGACUGCGGAACGGAAUGUCUUGGAUGCCGAUGCCACCGUCGUUUCGUUGCCGCACAUUCGACCUUAUUUCUACGAGUUCGGAGUUCAUCUGCUUCGUUUGAACAUCAGAGAUGCUGAAGCGAUCGGUGCUUCCAUCAUCACAACGUUUAGAUCUCGUUUUCCGUUGAUAAGAAAAUUGGCAUUCGGGACCGGUUCAGAGAGUCAGUUCGUCGAAAAGCUGUUGAGAAAAUUGGACGACAGCGAAUUCCAGUUGGCGAAGCUCAUAGGAGAAAGUGCAGAAGAGCAUGCGAGGUGCAGAGACAGGAAGCGACCGAAUAAUCCGAACAAACUCAUGGCUGCGUACCUGAGAUCCAAACGCAGUAACGUGAAAGCAGUUUCUUCGUAAUUAUUAUUUUCAAUAGUGUGUGUAUAUUGCAUACGACGAUGUCGUCGGAGUCUCAAAUUCAACGAUUUUUCGCUCGCAAUCAGCCUUAAGUUUUGAAACGGGAUUUCAUUCGUUCUGCACAGUCCUGCCUGUAUUACGUUAUAUUGGCUGUCGAAGACCAGUCGAAGACGCGUGAUAUGAAUGAGAUUGUUUUCAAUAUUCAUGCAUUUUUGUACGCUCUUUUUUUUUCUACGAUGAAGUGCGAAAAUUGUGACGAGAUGAUGGAUGUGUGCGUGUUUGGCGUAAUAAAUGAUUGUGAUCCAGUUUGAA